AUAAGCUAGUAUUCACAACACUAAGACCUAGACUUCUUAUGAGACGUGACAAAGUCAGAAGUUCAAACUGACGAAGAAAAGAGAAAAGAGAAAAGAGAAAAGAGAAAAGAGAAAAAGAGAAUAUUAGGACUUGAAAUUAAAUUGUGCCAAUCCUGUAUUACGAAGUCAAGGAAGAACGGGGCUUAGGGUUUAUCAGAAGCACAAACGCUGCCACAGAAUAGGAGGUGCAGCUGAACCAAACAAAAGCGAUGAAGAGGGCCAGUGCCGGCGGAGGAGAUGUUUACCUCGAUGAGUCUGACAUAGUCGAUGAAAUUAUCCUUGACGAUGAAGACCUUCCCGAUGUUGAAGACGAAGACAACGACGAAGCUAGCUCCUAUGAGGAACCUGACGAUUCAGUGCACAUAUUCACUGGCCAUACCGACCAGGUUUAUUCAGUCGCCUGCAGCCCAACAGAUGCUACGUUGGUGGCCACCGGGGGUGGAGAUAAUAGAGGGUUUCUUUGGAGAAUUGGUCAGGGCGAUUGGGCUGCUGAGCUUGGAAGUCAUAUUGAUUCUAUUUCAAGUUUAGCAUUCAGUACUGAUGGACAGUUGCUGGCAUCUGGAGGUCUUGAUGGUAUUGUUGGAAUAUGGGAUACAUCAGGAAAUGCCAAAUUCCUAUUAGGAGAUCCUGCUGCCACCCAGAAAAAAGAAGAAAAAGAUCCUGCUGUUGACUUUAGUGUUGGCUUCGAGUGGGUCAGGUGGCACCCAAGAGGCCACUUAGUUUUGGCGGGUUCAAAUGAUUACACAGCUUCGAUGUGGAAUGCUGACAAAGGUGUCCUUCUUAAUAUAUUUUCAGGUCAUGGAGGACUCCUGACCUGUGGUGAUUUUACGCCUGAUGGCAAGACUAUCUGUACCGGCUCUGAAGAUGCGACUCUGAGAAUAUGGAACCCAGUAACUGGUGAGAGUAUCCAUGUUAUCGGAGGUCAUCCAUAUCAUGCUGAGGGAUUGACAUGCUUAGCAAUUAGCUCUGAUUCAACUCUUGCUCUUACUGGUGCAACGGAUGGUUCCGUCAACAUUGUGAAUAUCACAACUGGGAAGGUGGUUAGUUCUUUGUCUGCUCAUUCAGAUUCAAUUGAAUGUAUUGCCCUUGCACCAAGCAUGCCUUGGGCUGCAACUGGAAGCAGGGAUCAUGAUCUAAUUAUCUGGGAUCUACAGCAUUCAUCACCGCGCAGCACAUGCAAACAUGAGGAUGGAGUGACAUGCCUAACAUGGCUAGGUUCAUCAAGGUACCUUGCUACAGGAUGCAUCGAUGGAAGUAUCCUUCUGUGGGAUAGCCGCUCUGGUGAUUGUGUAAGGACCUUCGGUGGGCACUCCGAGUGUAUCCAGUCACUAUCCGUCUCUUCGAAUCAGGACUUCCUUGUUUCUGUUUCAGAUGAUGCUACUGCCCGAGUGUUUGAGAUUGCGGAGUUUAAGUAGGCAAAUUGCCGGCAUGUGAUUUAAAUUCUGUAGGCUAUUGUUAUUCUGAUGGUGGUCAAAUGACGACUGAGUUUAUCUAUCUCUACACCAUUUGAUAAUUUUUUUGGAUUAUGUAAUUUUUUUUGUAGCAGUAAUUAUUUUUCUCAA